AUGCCGACAACUCAGCAGAAUCUCUACGUUGGUACCGAUAGGCAUCGGUGGUGGAAGGAAGCGGUGGUCUACCAGGUCUACCCAGCGUCAUUCAAGGAUACCAACGGUGAUGGUUGGGGAGAUGUGCGUGGCAUUACGCAGAAACUUGACUACCUGAAGAACUUGGGUGUCGAUGUCAUCUGGGUCUCACCGAUCUACAAGAGCCCACAGGCGGACAUGGGCUACGACAUCGCUGACUACGAAGACAUUGACCCAAGCUAUGGGACAUUGCAGGAUGUCGACGAUCUCAUCGAAGGAAUCAAGAAGCGUGACAUGAAGCUGGUGAUGGACUUGGUCGUGAACCACACAUCUGAGGAGCACGCCUGGUUCCUCGACUCACGGUCUUCCAAGGAAUCAUCGAAGCGAGAUUGGUACAUAUGGAAGCCCGCCAAGUACGAUGCAGAUGGAAAUCGUCAACCGCCAAACAAUUGGGCGCAGAUUCUCGGCGAGGCAAACUCAGCAUGGACUUGGGACGAGAAGACUCAGGAGUACUACCUCUCGCUCUUCACGCCUGAGCAGCCGGAUUUGAACUGGGAGAAUCCCAAUGUACGAGAUGCCGUUCACAGCGUGCUACACUUCUGGCUUGAUCGUGGUGUUUCCGGUUUCCGCAUGGACGUCAUCAACUUGAUAUCCAAGGUGCAGUCUUUUGCUGACGCUGAGGUCAAAGUCAAGGAAAACAAAUACCAGCCAGGCGACAAGUUCUACGCCAACGGACCUCGUCUACACGAAUUUCUCAAGGACAUCAACCGUAAGGUCCUCUCUAAAUACGACACACUCACAGUCGGCGAGAUGCCGUUCGUCCGGGACGAAGAUGAGAUCAUCAGAGUGGUCGGAUCCGAGAAUGAGGAACUCAACAUGAUCUUCGCUUUCGACAUCGUAGACAUCGAUAACGUGCCUGGAGACUUCAAGUACACUCUGCACCCAUGGGAUGCACGAGAUCUCAAGACGAUCAUCAACCGUCUGCAGCGGUUGAUGCUGGAACGGGAUGGAUGGAACUCCAUCUUCAUCGAGAACCAUGAUCAGCCUCGUAGUGUCAGCAGGUACACAGAUGACAGCGAUGAGCUCCGUGAAUAUGGCGCGAAGCUGCUGUGCUUGAUGCAAACCACCCUCGCCGGCACGUUGUUUGUCUACCAGGGUGAAGAGAUCGGCAUGCGCAAUGUUCCUGUGAGCUGGGAACCAUCUGAGUACAGGGAUAUUGAGAGCAUCAAUUUCUUCAAGAAGUACCAAGACAUGUACCCGGGCGACGAGGAGAAGCAGGCCCUAGCCCGCAAGAUCAUGCAGAAGAAGUCUCGUGAUAAUGCCCGCACUCCCGUGCAAUGGACGUCUGAGCCCCACGCUGGCUUCACAUCCGCCGACGCCAAACCCUGGAUGCGCGUCAACGAUGAUUACAAGACUGUCAAUGCGCAAGCGCAGCUUGACAACGCCAGACCCUCGCCAGGUACACUCUCGGUUCACGCUUUCUGGCAGCGCGGACUUAGGUGUCGCAAGGAGAACAAGGAUGUCUUUGUCUAUGGUGACUUCAAGCUUCUGGACCCCGAAGACAAGAACAUCGUUGCGUACAAGCGCUGGAGCGAGAAGAAUGCUUUCGUCACAGUGCUUAACUUUAGUAGCGAGAAGCUAUUGUGGGACGGACUCAAGGACUUGAAGGUCAAGAAGUGGGUUGCUGGCAACUACGAUGAGACGGAGAUUGAUGGCAAGUCAAAGAGUGGGACGUUGGAGUUCAGGCCUUGGGAAGCGCUGCUGGGUAUGCUAGAGUAA